AUGGGUCUUACGCCAGUGCAUUUCUUCUCCCAUGGCUCAACAAUGAUGCUGGGAGAAGAUUCGGAGAGCGCGGACUACUGGAAGAAGUGUGGAGAUGAGGCGAUAGCUAAUGAUGUGAAGGGAAUCAUCAUCAUGGUAGGCGUCCUUGUUGAACUAGAAGCUGCGCGCUCGAAUAAAGUUGACAGAUGGCAGGGGGCACAUUGGGAUUGCAUGGGCGACACGAUCGAAAUGGCAACAAAUCCAAACCCUGACAAAAGCCCUGUUGCUUAUGUGCAUCCUGACAAAUAUCAAAACUACAAGCUCAACCCCGAUCUCGCUACCACGGAGCGGUGUUUGAUGAUGCUUGCCCGCCAGGGAUUCAACGUCAGCGGCAAUCCUACAUUUGAUUGGAUCCAUGAUGUGUACCUCAUCCUCAUCCGAAUGUUCCCAAACGGCUGUCCACCAACAACUUUGAUUUCUGCAAAUGCUCGUUAUGACCCCCAUUUCCACAUGAAGAUCGGUGCCACAUUGCGUCCUCUGAGACGAGAGAACUACAUGUUCAUUGGAACUGGGGGGGCGGUGCAUAACCUGUAUAGAAAUAGAUGGGCACCCAUGAUGCGGUUCCGAGAUAAUUUUGCGAUGGAGACGGCACCGGAGGAUUGGGCAAUGGAGUUCCGACAGGCGUUCGAGGAUGUUAUCACCAAAACAUCUGGAGUGCAAUUGCGCCGGGCGAUGACAAGGCUGAUGAAGCACCCGCGGUUCCGAGACGCACAUGCCACUGACGACCAUUUCAUGGCUGCUCUGUUUGUUGUAGGAGCCGCUGGACACGAGGAAGAUACGAACGUCCCGGCAAUUCUCGGCGCAGAGAGUUGGGAGUUGACUAACAUGUGUAACUCCCAGUUUACCUUGGGGCUGUGGUCAAAGGAUGCUGCCGCGUAG